GCCGGUAGAGGGGGAAACGGCCCCCAAAAUCCGUCAGAUCCAAUUCAGCCCCCAGCAAUACUCGUACUCUACUCAGUAGGAAGUCCGGACCCAACGCUACUCAACGGCCAGAGUGGUUCAGGAAUAUUUGGGACCUUCUAUUGGCUGGAUCUUGACUGCAUCCCUCUUGAAUUGAAUUCCAUUGAAUUGGUACGGCAGUACCUCAAUACUCUGAUCCGAGCGGUUUGCCCGAGCUACCCAGAUUCUGAAACUGUGAACAGAGUAUGUGAGGAGACAACCGGAAGAAACGAAGGCCACCCUCAAUACAUCGCGCAAUUGAAGACAUCAGCAGCCUCGGGGACAAAUCUGGUGUUGGCCUCAGGCGUAGCUAUUUCACGUGGAUGGCCUGACCCAGUAUACGAGAGCUCGAUUGUGUCUGGCUUCGUCAAUUAUUCGUUCGGGGAGCUGGUCGAAUUAGCCAGCUACGAGACCAGAAGUACCUUAUAUAACAGCAAUACCAGGUAAUAUUGGCCUCUGUGGCUCCCAGCUUUCUUGCACCUUUGUCAAACCAACAGCCAUGGAUAUGCCACCCGAGCCACCCCACGAACUUCCAAGUCCUACCAACUACACCUUUCCUCCAGCGCCUGGCCACAAGUACAAACCCAGUGAGCCGGUACACAAUCUCUCCUCACCUCCUGCGGCUCUUCAGCCAUCCCAACUCGACCAACCUCCUUCCUUGACAAAGAUCCUGCUGAACUCGGCCCCUCAAUCCUACCAUGUGGCAACGCAACACCCUUUCCUGCGUCUCGCUGGACUCGGAACGCUUCCAAAGACAACACUAUCACGCUGGCUCUCGCAAGAUCGUCUUUACGCCCAGUCUUACAUCGGCUUCAUUGGCGCUCUGAUUGCUCGAGUCGACUUGCCGUAUGUCAAUGUUACUGACAAAUCAUCCUCACUGCGCUGGCGCAUCGUCAAACUGCUCUCUUCAGCGCUUGAGAACAUCCAUCGAGAGCUGCAAUUCUUCACAGACACCGCUGCGAAAUAUGACCUCCAACUCGACGCACCUAGCAGAUCGGAUGGAGUAUUUACUGCCGAAGCUGCCACGAAACAAUAUCUUGACCUGUUUCGAGCAUUCUGGACCGAUCCCAGUAUGAGUCUGCUAGAAGGGCUUGUCGUACUCUGGGCCACCGAGACGUGCUAUCUGAGUGCAUGGACAUAUGCAUCAUCAUUCAUGACCGCGCCGGGAGCGAUCAAACCGGAGGCAGAUGCUGAUGGUGGUGCCUUGCGUGAUGCAUUCAUUCCAAACUGGACGAGCCCCGACUUUGAGAAGUUUGUUAAAGACAUUGCCGAGGUCACAGAUUUACUGGCCGAGCGAGAAGACGCGAUCGUCCGGAGGUUGGACGUGUAUAAAGCCGUUUGGAUGCACAUCCUUGAUGUGGAGACGAGAUUUUGGCCCAACGUUGAAGGGCGGGAACAGACGGCUGCAGAAGAACCAUUAUGCACGGGCACUUUGGGUCGCCGACCGUCUUAGGUCAGUUCGUCGCGGCGGGGAAAGGAGUGAUGCUGAUGGAUCCGCUUGUUGCGAGCAUACGAUAGCUUUGAAGCUCGGAAUAGGGAAGUGACUUGGAAAGACCGGCGUUGAAGUGUGGCCACAGAGUAAAGCAUUAAUCCAACGACAGGAAGUCCAUCUGAACCUCCUGGCCGAUGGUCAUCUCCGAGAUUUGCUUUUCAAUAGUAGCGUGCGACUAGCGUUUAUACCCUUCAAUUUU